UUAGAAAUGUCAAACUAAACAAGGUAGAUUGUUUGUUUGGAGAACAACAAACAAGGAAAUAUUUAUGACGCUCUGAUGGUGUUAAUCUAUGAUGCGACAUGUUGGAAGUUCUACAACCAAAGCUAGACCCCGACAGCCUGUAUCAGCAACAGCUGUGAAGAUCACAAACGAGAAUUAAUUAACUGUUGGACUCAGUGUUAAUUAGUUAUCACAUCGUUGGUUACUCGAGAAUCUGAACAAGAUGUCUUCGGUGAAGGUGGCUGUGAGGGUUCGACCCUUCAACAACCGUGAAAUCAACCGUGGCUCGGAAAACAUCAUUUACAUGAAUGGGAAAACCACCGCCAUCACAAACCCGAAAGUUUCUUCCAAGGACCAUGAAAUUAAGAGCUUCAAUUUUGACUAUUCCUACUGGUCUCACACCACGCCUGAAGAUCCGAAUUUUGCCACACAGAAACAGGUGUACGAUGAUAUAGGACUGGAGAUGUUAGACCAUGCAUUUGAAGGCUACAAUGUUUGUAUAUUUGCCUAUGGGCAGACCGGCUCGGGCAAGAGCUACACCAUGAUGGGCCGCAAUGAACCCGGACAGGAGGGAAUCAUUCCACAGCUCUGUGAAGAUUUGUUUGAAAGAGUGAAGAAACACAAGAAUGAUCACGUCCAGUUUUCAGUUGAGGUGAGCUACAUGGAGAUCUACUGCGAGCGAGUGCGCGACCUGCUGAACCCUUCUAACAAACACUCUCUGCGGGUCCGUGAACACCCACUGCUGGGUCCGUAUGUCGAGGACCUGUCCAAACUGGCAGUCCAGUCGUUUGAAGACAUCAAGAACCUCAUAGACGAAGGAAACAAAGCCAGAACGGUUGCUGCGACGAACAUGAAUGAAACGAGCAGUCGAUCUCACGCUGUGUUCACAAUCAUCUUCUCACAGAGACGACACGACAAGGAAACCAAACUGGUCGGAGAAAAGGUGAGUAAGAUCAGUCUGGUUGAUCUGGCUGGCAGUGAGCGAGCCGACUCGACGGGUGCCAAGGGAACGCGACUCAAGGAAGGAGCUAACAUCAACAAGUCCCUCACCACCCUCGGCAAAGUCAUUUCUGCCCUGGCCGAAAUGAGUGCCCAUGAUGCAAAAGCAAUAAAAAAGAAGAAAAGGACAGACUUUGUGCCGUAUCGAGACUCAGUGCUGACAUGGCUUCUCAGAGAAAACUUAGGAGGAAACUCGAAAACGGCUAUGAUUGCAGCUCUCAGUCCUGCAGAUAUCAACUAUGAUGAGACACUCAGCACUCUAAGGUACGCAGACCGCGCCAAACAGAUUGUCUGCAAGGCUGUUGUCAAUGAAGAUCCGAAUGCCCGACUGAUCCGAGAACUGAAGGAAGAGGUGCAGCGGCUCAAAGAACUUCUGGCUAACGAGGGAAUCGAAGUCCAGGAAGGAGGAGCUGGACAAAUUUUGAAUGCCUCUCGAUCUCGAAAACAAUCCUUGACAAUCGAAGGUGGCGAGGAUGCCAUGGAAAGGCUGAAAAUGUCGGAGAAGUUGAUCGCAGAGCUCAAUGAAUCAUGGGAAGAAAAACUACGAAAAACUGAGGCUAUUCGAAAAGACAGGGAGGCGGUGUUGGCAGAAAUGGGUGUUGCCAUUAAAAAAGAUGGUGGAACUAUUGGAGUGUUUUCUCCCAAAAAGUCUCCGCACCUGGUGAACCUGAACGAAGACCCGCUGAUGUCCGAGUGUCUGAUCUACUACAUCAAGGACGGCACGACACGCGUCGGCAACCACCAUGGCAGCAACAUGCUCGACAUACAGCUCAAUGGAACCCACGUGCUCGAAGACCACUGUAUAUUUGAGAACAAAGACGGUGUCGUCACUCUUGUUCCGUUUGAAGAUGCGCUGUGUUACGUGAAUGGGCGACAGGUCACGGAACCGACUAACUUGAAAACCGGCGCUCGCGUCAUCCUCGGCAAACACCAUGUGUUCCGCUUCAAUCAUCCACAGCAAGCGCGCCAGAGUAGAGCCCUAAUGACUGAGUCGGUGGAGGCACCAAUUAUGGAACCUGUGGACUGGAGUUUUGCUCAGUUGGAAUUGCUGGAGAAACAGGGAAUAGAUCUGAGAAAGGAAAUGGAACAACGAUUACUGAAUCUAGAAGAACAGUAUCGUAAAGAGAAAGAGGAAGCUGAUUUGUUAUUUGAACAACAGAGACAGGAUUAUGAAAACCGGAUCCAGUCACUUCAAGAACAGGUUGAGAGACACUCGAUGAUGUCGAGUUGCAUCACGGAUGACUUCUUUGAGGAUGAGGAUGAAAUGGAAGAAUGCACCUGGAAUGAGCGUGAACGAGAUCUCGCUGCCUGGGGAUUCAGAAAAUGGAAAUAUCAUCAGUUUACGUCGCUACGGGAUGACCUGUGGGGAAAUGCUAUUUUCCUGAAGGAAGCUAAUGCCAUCAGUGUGGAACUGAACAAAAAGGUUCAGUUCCAGUUUAUCCUCCUCACUGACACUCUGUACUCCCCCCUCCCCCCAGACCUGCUCUGCCCCGAGGAUCGUGAUCCGGAUCGACCUUUUCCUAAGACAAUCGUAGCAGUCGAGGUCCAGGACACGAAGAACGGUGCAACCCACUACUGGAGUCUGGAGAAACUCAGGCAGCGUUUGGAGGUGAUGCGAGAGAUCUAUAACGAGGAUCUGUCCCCCGACACACCAGAAGCCAAACAGGACUUCUUUCAUUGUCUCACUGGCUGCAGUCAGCAGAACGUCUUUAACUUUUAUAAUCUCAUCCCGUCCAGACAACGUCUGGAGUUGAUGCGUGAGAUGUAUCACAAUGAAGCAGAGUUAUCUCCCACUUCCCCCGAGCCUGCGAUUGACUGUAUGAGUGGUGGGGAUCCGUUCUACGAUCGUUUCCCUUGGUUUCGGCUGGCUGGCAGAGCGUUUGUCUACCUGAGCAAUUUGUACUACCCGGUUCCUCUGAUUCACCGAGUUGCCAUAGUGAAUGACAAGGGUGAUGUCAAGGGCUAUCUACGCAUUGCCGUGCAGGCCAUUACAGACCAGGAUGAAACCCCCGAGUACACCCCAGGUAUCAAGCAGUCAGGGAAUGCCAAAAUCUGUUUUAACGACGAGGAGUACUACAGAUCAAAAAGACUGUCCCACACGUCGUUCCCUCCCCUGACGAGCACCAAGACGCCCACCUCUGUCCCGUCUCUGGAAAACCUGCGAAUUGUGGAAGGUGAAGGACAAGCACCAGAAAACACGGACAACAAGAUUGAGGAUCAGGUGAGCUACGAAGACAGCCAGAAGAUGCUCAGUAACGACACGUUCCCGGAGAUCGACACCAACGAGCUUCCCGAGCACCUUCAGCUGGGCUCCACCUUCCAGUUCCGUGUCACCGUGCUACAGGCAUCAGGAAUCUCCCCCGACUAUGCUGACAUCUUCUGUCAGUUCAACUUUCUGCAUCGCCAUGACGAAGCAUUUUCCACUGAACCCCUGAGGAACACAGGGAAAGGUCCCCCUCUUGGCUUCUACCACGUUCAAAAUUUCACUGUGACCGUGACGAAGUCGUUCAUUGACUACAUCAAGAUGCAGCCAUUAGUGUUCGAGGUGUUUGGUCACUACCAGCAACACCCACUACAUGAACAGUCAAAGGAGUCGGGACAAAUCUACCGAGUGAGGUCGCCUCCUAGUCGAAGCUUCCCCUCUAGUCUACCCGUGUCGAAGCCUGUCCCCUCCCCGAAGUACGGAGUGAUCACUGCCCCCAGAGAAAACAGGUCGUUAAUUAUGGACAUAUCGAAGGCAGCUGGUAUUUGGGAAUUGAACUUCCUUUUGCAAGGCAGAACAUGGAAUGAAAGCCACUCACCGUACAAUGAUCCUAAGAGUGCAUACAUCACUAGUCCUGUGUAUUCACGCUGUGACCUGCUCGUGUGGUUUGAGAUCUGUGAACUGGCACCAAACGGAGAGUAUGUUCCAGCUGUGGUUGAUCACAUCAGUGACAUGCCGACUCACGGCGUGUUUAUGCUGCAUCAAGGAAUUCAGCGCCGAAUUCGCAUCACCAUUGUGCACGAACACCAGCCCGAUCUCAUCUGGAAGGACGUAAAGGAACUCGUUGUUGGUCGAAUCCGGAACACACUGGAGUAUCAUGAUUUCGAUGGAGAAAUGACAGUUCUCUCCCUUGGACUCUUCCCAGCUCAUUUCCUCCAGUACCAGAAUGAUGACAGGGUGUUUUUUCAAUUCGAGGCUGCGUGGGACAGCUCUCUCCAUGACUCGACUCUCCUGAACCGUGUCACUCAGUGCGGCGAGCGAGUCUACAUGACUCUGUCGGCCUAUCUCGAGGUGGAUAACUCUGCACAGCCAGCUUGCAUCACAAAAGAUCUUACUCUCAUUGUUCACUCGAGAGAUACAAAGAUUUCCGCACCCAGUACUCAUUUCAGGGCUCUUCGUAACUUGUUCGGUCCCGCCAAAACCGUCGACUGCAACCGUGUGUCGGCCAUAUAUGAACUGUUCCUGCGCAAGUUCUCGGAAUCCAGCAGUCCAGGUGUGCAGCGUCGACAGCGGCGAGUGUUGGACACAUCGUCAACAUACGUGCGUGGCGAGGAGAAUCUGAACGGGUGGCGCCCUCGCGGUGACUCACUGCUCGUUGACCACCAGUGGGAGCUGGAGAAACUCACCAGACUGCAGCUGGUUGAAAAGGCUCGUCACAUUCUGCUGCUGCGAGAGAAGCUUGCGGAACAGAACAAGAUGCUGGAACUGAGCAAACUGGACAAGGACGUAGUCAACUCGCAGGCCAAGGCUCGGGAUCAGCGAGCCAAACAGGAGGAGCUUAAAGAGCUGAAGGGUGACGAGAACCCGAAGGAUGUCGACAUCAAGGAGAAGGAGAUCGCGCGGAUCCAGGACUUCGUGUACGAGCUCAAGACGGACGGAGACCCCGACAAGGAGCUCGCCGCCAAGUGUGUCCGCCUCAUCCUGCAGGGCAACCCACCCCUCAAACCUCCCCCGGUCAAGACCUCUCUGACGGACUCGAUGCUGAGUUCUACGACGACGGUGACGUCAGACGAAAGUGAUGGCAUGAGCAGCGACCUUGGCCUUAGUAUGACCAACUCCAUGGUGGCAGAAUGCUUCAAAACCAUUGCCAACACUUCCACCCCAAUUGGCCAGUCCAAGUCGUGUGAUAACCUGACUACAUCGUCGUCGUCGUCGUCAUCAUCAUCGAUGGAGGGCUCCGCCGACAGGAAGAUGUCGCUGCCGUUGAAGGGAAUCCGCGCGGACAUGGAGCUGCCCAUGUAUGUCCCCGAUGUAGAGGAGGUCCGAAUUAGCCCGGUGGUGUCCCGGAGAGGAUAUCUCAACUUCCUCGAGGAGAAAACCAACGGCUGGAUCAAGCGAUGGGUGAUUGUGCGACGACCGUAUGUGUUUAUUUACAACGGAGAGAAGGAUCCUGUGAUACGAGCGCUGAUAAACCUAGCGACGGCCCAGAUUGAAUACAGUGAAGACCAGCAAGCGUUACUUAAGACCCAGAACACGUUCAGUGUGAUGACAAAACACCGUGGGUUUCUGCUCCAGACUCUUGACGACAAAGACUUCCAUGAUUGGCUGUACGCCAUUAACCCACUGUUGGCAGGUCAGAUCAGAUCGAAGCUGUCCAGACGAAAGCAAGCUGUGAUGAUAUAGAGUGGAGACGAGACUGAUCUCUAUAGGCUGUGAUGGACUAGACUGAAUGGUUGAGAUAGCAUUGUCCUCAUUGCUGUCGCCAGCAUUCCAGUAGACUGCAGGGGAGACAACUCCAUUGCACGGGAGACAAUUUCAUCGCAAGGAAAACAAAAUUUCAUUGCAUGGGAAAUGACUCCAUUGCAAGGGAGAUAAUUCCAUUGCAUGGUGAAACAACUCUGUAUGGGAGACAAUUCCAUUGCAAGGGAGACAACUCCGUUGCUGGAUCAAUUUUACCUGUGUAUUUCGUGGCUUUGUUGUGUGUUCGCAGUAGUAUAGGCAAAGCAGUAUGGUGCAUCGUGUUGACUUUAUAAAACCACUGACCAUUACUUCCAUUUGCCAUCAUAGAUGAACCCAGCUAAUGACAGAUGCAAAAAAUUGUUCCUUAUUACUACAGAAAGAAAAAAAAAGAAAAAGACCACCCUGUUUCUACAGACACUUGGAUUGCAAGGACAACUGCUCCGAAAUGACUCUUCUAUAGAAGUCUAGACUAAGAUACUACUAGCUUGGCAGUGCAAUCAAAUUGCAGUUGAUAAAUGCUGUACUCAAAAAGAUGUGCAUCAAAAAUUUGAGUGUUGACUUACAUGUAUAACCUUGUAAACUCAGUUCACUGCCAAAAGUGUGACUGUUUAUCUUGUGCAAUAUUAUGGCUUUUUAAAGCAUCUGUAUUACUCUUCUUCAUUAACACUGGAAGAAUCAAGAAUCAAUGUGUUAGGAUAAAUUAUUUAGAGCCUAAAAGACUGGAUAUGUCUCGGUUAGUUUGGCUUGCUAUUCGUGUACUUGCCUGCAUUGUCAGUAGAAACUGUGCUUCAAUAAAGGUUAUUUACGAGAGGAAAAUAUUUCGAGUUGAAGAAACUUCCAAGGGCGAUUUGUGGGUUAUUUGGAAGAUUUCUUUAUAACAUUCCUCUUGUUAGAUUUGUACAUGAAGGAAUCCAAUCAGGGCCGAAUUUCACAAAAUAUUGUAAGCUUAGUUUUGCUCGUAAAUGUAAAUCUACAACUAAACCACAGUUGUUAUUACUAUUAACAGUACAUCAAAUAUUUGAAGUACACAUAUAUAG